AAUGUUAAUAAUUAAAAAUAUUUUUAUUUUCUCAUUUUAUUUGUAUAUUGUUUUGGCAGUUAAUCCGCCAUAUGGAAGGCUUUCAGUAAAAAAUGGGCAAUUAACUGGUGCUAAUGGACAGGCAGUUCAAUUAAGAGGAAUUUCUCUUUGGUUCAGUCAAUGGCUAACUCAAUGGUAUUCUCCUGAAGCUGUUAAAGCUAUUAAAUGUUUUUAUAAUGGAAAUGUUGUUCGAGCAGCAAUUGGAACUUGUUGUUCUGGUUAUUUAGAGAAUCCAAGUGCUGCAAUCAAAGCUGCUACUGCUGUUGCGGAUGCAGCUAUAGCUAAUGGAAUUUACUUUUUAAUUGACUUUCACGAUGUAGCUAACGAAAAAUGUACAAAUGAUGCCAAAUUUAAACAAUUUACAAACAGCGCUAUUCAAUUCUUUACAACAAUAUUAAAUAAAUAUAAAGGGUCUCCAAAUAUGCUUUUGGAGCUUUGGAAUGAACCAAUAUGCCCAUGGAGUAAAUUAAAGGACUAUUACAAUGCUGUACUUCCAGUAAUCCGAAAACUUGACCCGAAUGUUGUUGCAAUACUUGGCACACCAUAUCAAUCUACUGGUCCGUCAGCAGAAGUAAUUAACAACCCUGUUUCUGGAACAAAUUUAAUGUAUACUCUUCAUUAUUAUACGGUGGACAAUAAUCAUAUACAACAGCAAAAACAAAUGGUUUUAAAUGCAAGGGCCAAAGGUUUGGGAGUUUUUGUGACCGAAUAUGGCGAUGCCGGCCUUAAUCUUCCUGCUCCUCUAAAUCCUUCAGCAAUGAAAGAUUUCUGGAAAUUUAUGGAUCAAAACAAACUUUCCUAUGCCAAAUGGUCCUUAUCAAAUAAAGAUGAAGUAUACUCUUUAGUAAAGCCAAAUUGUACCCCAGCUCAAGCAAUGCAGGAAUCGUGUCUGAGUGAUUCUGGGAAAUUACUUCGAGAUUUUAUGAAAACACAAAACAAUGGUAAAUAG